AGUCAGAGUAGUAGUGGUAAACAUGCAGUAAGAACUGAAGUAAAUAUAAAACAUGUGAUGAUAUAUACAGUGUAAUAAAUAGUACAUUACAUUACAGGUCAUUUAGCUGACGCUUUUGUCCAAAGCGACUUACAACAAGUACACUCAACAUUCAUGAGAGGGCCAUUUAGGGGUUCAGUAUCUUGCCAAGGAAACUUUGGCAUGCAGAUGGGGUUUGAACCGGCAACCUUCUUGUUUGAGAACCACCACUCUAACCACUAGGCCACAACCCCCUAGACAAGUUUAUAUUCUGCAGAUUGUUAUAAAUGUAAAAACUUAGUUAUAUUUACCCAAGUCUGUCCCAUCUGAAACUCCUGAUAACGUAUGUGUAUAACUGCAGUAUAUUCUGAUAUAUAUGUAUAUAUACUUUCAAACUAUUCAUGUGUUAUGUACUGUAUGUCGUAUUAAGAGGCGUUUGUGUCUCCUAAUCUAUUCAUGUGUGUAUUUAUGAUAUCAUAUUCUGUCCCUAUUUGUCUAGAAAGGCUCCAUGAAAUACAAAUGAUCAUUAUCAUUAAUGUUAAUUGACUUAGAAGCUGGUUUCUCUCAGUUCUCAGGAUUCCUCUUAAGAGAAAGCUGAGGGUGGGUGUGGUUACUUUUACAUUAUGUGCUUCCAGAAGGGAAACGCCCAACAACAGAGCUCAGCAGGACUCUGGAUAAACCGGUCUGUAGUUUCCCUGCGUCCGGACCCACCGGCCCGAGGACAUGACUCAGAGACCUGCUGAGUUUCCUGUUUGACACUCGUCUGUGAACUGGGACACUGACGCCCUCUCGCUUUUAGUUUGGGAGUUUUGAAUCUUCAGUAAAAGUAUUUUUUAUCUCGGGUCAUGAGCUGAUAUGAGAAUCAUUUUUAAAACUUAUGUAAAUAAACUCUUACUCUCUUUGUGAGGUCAUAGUGAAUUGGAAAUUGAACUUUUUCUGCUCUUUGUUGUUUCUCGUGCAGAUUUAGUCAAACAGAAUUUCUCGACACUUGGACAGAAACACGAGGAUCAUGCCGGGCCACCGCAGAGGAAAGAGUCUGUCGGACGCCAUCACCCUGGAGCUGUCAGAGGAAGGAAGCCGGCUCAUCUCCAGCAUCAACACCCAGCGUCUGGAGAAAGGGGAUGAAGUUUCGGGGGAGCAGUUUGAUAACAGAGUCCCAGUCCUCACCAGGAGCAACCUGAGCAAGAGCCUCGAUAAUCUGGACCAGUUAGCGAGUCCCAAGACGAUGCUGAAGGAUUCCUACAACAAACUCUACAAUGCCAAAAUCAAGAGGUUUAUGAAGGAGGAUUUGCGCGGUGCCGAUGAAAGUCGUGAAAACGGCAAACUGGCCAUGGGCGGCUUGUCCAAGGUCGGCCUGAAGCACGACAUGGACCUGCCUCGCCUCGGAGUGGACUUUGGACUCAUGAAAACCAAGAGACGCCAAACAUCCGAAUCUGAAGAGGACGCUGAUUCAGAAUCCGAUGACACAACGUUAACAUACGGCAGCAAUCUGAAUCUGCCCCCGCUGGGUCUGGGCUCGGGUAGGGCUGCUCGAAGUGGAACCCAGGAACCGAGAUGGAAUCUGAACACGGACCGUCCAUCAGUUGACCUGUCACUGCCAAAUAUUGAAAGACCUCAGAUUGGACUGGAAGGUAAAGGAACUUUUGAUGCUUCAAAAUUCAAUCUGCCUGACCUGGGUCUCUCUGGACCUUCUCUAAGUGGAACAGAUUAUAAACUGGACACACCAGAUUUCAAUAUCCCAGAAGUUCCUUCACGUAAAAUCAAUGUCAAGCAUUCCAAGAAACUGAAAAAGCCAAAUCUAAAUGUGGAUGAUUUCUCCGGUCAUGUGGAGUCACCUAACUUUGGUGUAUCUGGGAGAUCCCCUGACUUAGACCUAGAAAUGCCAGGUGCACCACAGCUUAAUCUCAAUGGACCAGACAUUGAUAUGAACUCACAUGAAUUCAAAAUGUCUCUGAAGAAGCCAAAGAUCGAUCUUAAGUCUCCAGAUUUAAAUUUGGAUGCUCCUGACGGUAAACUCACUACGCCCAAAUUUGGAUUCUCUGGGAACGGUGAAGCUAGAAUGCCAGACCUCAAAACACCAAAAAUAAGAGGUGAGAUUCACGCCCCUGAUGUGAAUCCACCCAGAACCGACCUGAGGGCUCCGGCUGGACAAUACAAGGCUCCGAGGUUUCAAAUGCCCAGAUUUGAUUUACCAGAUGUUGAAGUUCCAGAUUUGAAUGAAAACUUCGAGGGACCAGAUCUGCAUUUGUCUGCACCAAAUCUCAGAGCUGGAAAGUUAGACCCAAACUUUAAUGUCCCCUCGGCCGACAUUUCAGGUCAUUCUGGAAAAAUCAAAAUGCCAGGCUUUGGGCUCAAAAAACCAAAGCUUGACCUCAAUACCCCUGAUAUGGAUAUUAAUAUGCCCUCUGGUAAAUUAGACCUGGAUGCGGAUGUUCCCUCUGGAAAAAUUAAAUUACCAAAAUUUAAGCUCUUUGGAACGUUGCCCAAGAGUAAAGAUGUGGAUGUGAACGCUGGGAUGAAAACACCCGAGCUAAAUCUAAAAUCCCCAAAGCUAAAAGGCAUAGAUGCUCCUGAUGUGAAUUUACCAAACAUGGACCUCCACGCCCCAGAUGUCAACAUCGGUUCACCCAAAUGGAAAUUCAGUAAACCAGGGUUUGACAUUGAUUCACCUUCACUUGACCUGAAAGGCCCGAGGUCAAACCUGGAGAUGCCGAAUGCCGAUAUUGGAGGUUUUUCUGGAAAAAUGAAGAUGCCAGAUUUUGGAUUGUCUGGACCGAAGAUGAAAGGGUUCGGUGGCGAGGUGAACACUCCAGACUUUGACCUUUCAGCCCCCAAAUUGCAAGUUGGUUCCCCAGAUCUGGAUUUACCUGACAUGCACUUUAAUAAACCCAAACUGGAUCUUUCUGGUCCAGAUGUCGACCUAGAUUUGCCCUCAGGUAAAUUCAAAGGACCAGCAAUAAAGAAACCGAACUUUGGCCUGAAUGCUCCUGACAUGCACAUUGACGCUCCCAAGGGCAAGUUCCAGAUGCCUAAAUUCAACCUCUCCAGCACGUUGCCAAAAGGACCAAAUUUGGACAUAAAUGCCGACCUGAAAUCACCAGAUCUAAAUUUGAAAGCACCAAAGAUAAAGGGGGGGAUUGAGACCCCUGACUGGGACUUACCCAACAUGGACCUUAAAGCCCCCAAGUUAGACGUUAAAUCUCCAGAUGUCAACAUUGGUUCACCCAAAUCUAAAUUCAAACUGCCCAAAUUCAAGAUGCCUAAGUUUAGUGUUCCAAGUUUAAAAGGACCCGACAUCAGUGGUAAUUUAGAUGGUCCAGACAUGGACAUCAAUGCACCGAAGCUCAACCUCAAAGGUCCUAAAGGGGGUUUGGACUUGCCAGAUUUUGAUAUUUCUGGUCCAUCUGGAAAAUUCAAAAAGCCAAAUUUUGGGCUUUCUGGUCCAAAGUUAGAUGGUCCAAACUUAAACCUCAGAUCACCUGACCUAGAUCUCUCUGGUCCCGACCUCAGCGGUGGGAUAAAUGCACCAGACAUUAACAUGCCCAAGGUCGACCUUAAAGGUCCCAAACUGGACUUAAAUGCUCCAAAGCUCAAUCUAGACAUGCCGUCAGGUAAAAUGAAAAUGCCAGAGCUUCAUUCUCCAGACUGGGAUGUGAAAGCUCCCUCAGGCAAAUUGAAGAUGCCAAAGUUCAGCCUCCCAAGCUUAAAAGGACCUGAAAUUGAUGGAGACUUCGAUGGUCCAGACAUGGACAUCAAUGCACCAAAGCUCAACCUCAAAGGUCCUAAAGGGGGUUUAGAUUUGCCAGAUUUUGAUAUUUCUGGUCCGUCUGGGAAAUUCAAAAUGCCAAACUUUAACAUGCCUGACUUGGGGCUGUCUGGUCCAAAGUUAGAUGGCCCCAACUUGAACCUGAAAUCCCCAAACCUAGAUCUUUCUGGUCCCGACCUCAGCGGUGGGAUAAAUGCACCAGACAUUAACAUGCCCAAGGUCGACCUUAAAAGUCCCAAACUGGAUUUAAAUGCUCCAAAGCUCAAUCUAGACAUGCCGUCAGGUAAAAUGAAAAUGCCAGAGCUUCAUGCUCCAGACUGGGAUGUGAAAGCUCCCUCGGGCAAAUUGAAGAUGCCAAAGUUCAGCCUCCCAAGCUUAAAAGGACCUGAAAUUGACGGAGACUUCGAUGGUCCAGAUGUUGAUUUAAAUGCACCAAAGCUCAACCUCAAAGGUCCUAAAGGGGGUUUAGAUUUGCCAGAUUUUGAUAUUUCUGGUCCAUCCGGGAAAUUCAAGAAGCCCAACUUUAACCUUCCUAAUUUUGGGCUAUCUGGUCCAAAGUUAGAUGGCCCCAACUUAAACCUUAAAUCCCCAAACCUAGAUCUCUCUGGUCCUGAAUUCAGCGGGGGAAUAAAUGCACCAGACAUUAACAUGCCCAAGGUCGACCUUAAAAGUCCCAAACUGGACUUAAAUGCUCCAAAGCUCAAUCUAGACAUGCCCUCAGGUAAAAUGAAAAUGCCAGAGCUUCAUGCUCCAGACUGGGAUGUGAAAGCUCCCUCGGGCAAAUUGAAAAUGCCAAAAUUUAACCUUUCAGGCACUUUGCCAAAAGGACCAAAAAUGGACAUAAACACAGAUCUGAAUGCACCCAACAUGGACCUUAAAGCUCCAAAGUUGGACGUGAACACUCCUGAUGUCAACAUUGGUUCCCCCAAAGCAAGAUUUAAACUGCCCAAAUUCAAGAUGCCUAAAUUUAAUCUUCCAAGCUUCAAAGGGCCUGAGAUCGAUGGACACUUGGACGCCCCAGAUGUUGAUGUGAAUGUCCCCAAUGUCAAUGUGAAAGCUCCUAGAGCCGAUUUAGACUUGCCAGAUUUUGAUAUCCCUAGUCCAUCUGGAAAUUUCAAAAUGCCAAACUUUAACAUGCCUGACUUGGGGCUUUCUGGUCCAAAGUUAAGUGGACCUAAGUUGGACCUCAGAUCACCUGACCUAGAUCUGUCUGGUCCCAACCUCAGCGGUGGGAUAAAUGCACCAGACAUUAACAUGCCCAAGGUCGACCUUAAAGGUCCCAAACUGGACUUAAAUGCUCCAAAGCUUAAUCUAGACAUGCCCUCAGGUAAAAUGAAAAUGCCAGAGCUUCAUGCUCCAGACUGGGAUGUCAAAGCUCCCUCAGGCAAAUUGAAAAUGCCUAAAUUGAACCUUUCAGGCACUUUGCCAAAAGGACCAAAAAUAAACACAGAUCUGAAUCUUAAAGCUCCCAAAAUAGAGGGAGGACUUAAUGCCCCUGACUGGGAUUUACCCAACAUGGACCUUAAAGCUCCAAAGUUAGACAUGAACACUCCGGAUGUCAACAUCGGUUCACCCAAAGGAAAAUUCAAAAUGCCAAAACUGAAAAUGCCAAAGUUCAGCCUCCCAAGCUUAAAAGGACCUGAAAUUGAUGGAGACUUCGAUGGUCCAGACAUGGACAUCAAUGCACCAAAGCUCAACCUCAAAGGUCCUAAAGGGGGUUUAGAUUUGCCAGAUUUUGAUAUUUCUGGUCCAUCCGGAAAAUUCAAGAAACCAAACUUUAACAUGCCUAAUUUGGGGUUGUCUGGUCCAAAGUUAGAUGGCCCCAACUUGAACCUGAACCCCCCAAACCUAGAUCUGUCUGGUCCCGACCUCAGCGGUGGGAUAAACCCACCAGACAUUAACAUGCCCAAGGUCGACCUUAAAGGUCCCAAACUGGACUUAAAUGCUCCAAAGCUCAAUCUAGACAUGCCGUCAGGUAAAAUGAAAAUGCCAGAGCUUCAUGCUCCAGACUGGGAUCUCAAAGCUCCAUCAGGCAAAUUGAAGAUGCCUAAAUUGAACCUUUCAGGCACGUUGCCAAAAGGACCAAAUAUCAACACAGAUAUGAAUGCACCCGAUUUGAGUCUCAAAGCACCAAAGAUAAAGGGCGGACUUAGUGCCCCUGACUGGGACUUACCCAACAUGGACCUUAAAGCUCCAAAGUUAGAUGUAAACACUCCAGAUAUUAACCUUGGUUCACCAAAAACAAAGUUUAAAAUACCCAAAAUGAAAAUGCCUAAAGUUAGUCUACCGGGCCUGAAAGGACAUGACAUUGACGGCGGUUUAGACGUCCCAGAGUUGGAUAUUAAUGCGCCGGACGUCAACUUCCGAGGGUCCAAACCUAGCUUUGAAAUGCCAGAUGUGGACUUCGGUGGCCCGUCAGGAAGAAUCAAAAAGCCACAUUUGAAAAUGCCUGAUGUGGGUUUUUCUGGUCCAUCGUUGGACGGCCCAAACUUUGACGUCAAGACACCGGAUUUCAAUCUCAAAGCUCCAAAAAUUAAACGUGGACUUGAUGCCCCCAAACUGGACUUCCCAGGUGUUGACCUCAAAGCUCCAAAGUUCGAUAUGAACGCUCCAGAUGUCAACAUGGAUUUAACGUAUGCAAAGGUCAAAAAGCCCAAAAUUAAGACACCAAUAAUGCCAAAUGUUGAUUUAGACGGACAGCUGCGGGGACCUGAUCUGAAUUUACCAAAUGUUGACAUCAAUGGUGCAAAAGGAAAAUUCAAAAUGCCAAGUUUAAACGCACCAGACCUUAGUCUCUCUGGACCGAAGGCAAAAGUACCGGACAUUAAUCUUUCAGCGCCUAAACUGAGAGGCCCUGGUUUAAGUGCACCUGAUAUAAAUCUGCCAGAUUCAAAUUUCAAAAGUCCCAAGUUCAACCUUAAUGCAAAACGACCAGAUCUGGGAAUAGAUGGUAACUUAGGCCGACCUGACAUGAACUUUAAUGCCCCUCAGGUCAAAGGAGGAAUGAGGGGUCCAGACUUUGACAUGCAUGUUCCCUCUGGAAACUUCCAGGGUCCUCAGGCUGAUCUGGAUCUGACAGACCGAAAAUUCAAAGUCCCUUCUUUCAACCUUCCUCACUUUGGAAGUCCAGAUCUGAAUCAGGGCUUUUCUUCUCCCAAUGCAAAGCUGAAUGUGAAACCAGUUGAUUUAAAGGGGAACAUCUCAGGACCGAGGGUCAAUGCUCCAAACAUGGACCCCCGCUUUCCCACAGCGGCACCACGGAGUCCAGGGCUGCAUUACAAAUAUCCAGAUCUCAACGUUGAUGAUCCUUCACUAAAUUUCCGAGGACCUUCUCACCAGAAUCGCAGAUCAGACAUGAGGAUUCCUGAUCUGGACGUAGAUGGAGGCGUCAGACUUCACCACAGCGAUAGAAGGUCACAUAGAAACCCCCCCCCCAGCUUCCCUCUGGCGGACGCAGUGUUUGGUCACCGUUCAGAUCUCAACAUCGAUGAUUUCACGGGAAAGGAUCACGUACUUAGAGCCAGAGGUGCGAAGCUGGACGUCCAGGCCUCACGGGACUACAGAUCGGGGUUCCCCCCAUCAGGUCUGGACAUUGACGUGAUGGACGGCGUGCACACCCACAGGAUUCCAGCUGGGGACAUAUAUGCAAAGCACCAGAGAACAGCACGACCUGAUGUUAGUGCACGAGAUCCCAGGAUACAAGUACCCAACAGUUCAGACGGAUACUACGUCACUUCCUUCCCCGCUCACACGCAGAACCAGAGGAUGCCAAAUCGUAAAUACAACACUCUCGGAGGACUUGACUUUCACUCAGGAAACCUGGAACUCGAAGUUCCAAAUCAAAACGAGCCGAGAGGUUCAAAUUUCGUUUUCGCCGACCUCGUGUAGGUUUCCUUCUUCCACAAGCCACGGCAACACUUUCUGUUCAUAUGCUUUUUGUAUUGGGCGGAUUUGUUUAGUCACUUAAGAUGUAUUAUGAUGUAUAAUUUUCAUCAAAUGUAUAAUGUUGUAUUUGAAUUGUGGACAAUAGCUUUGUAAUGCUGCAAAUUACUUUAUAAAGCUGUAUUCUUGCACUUAUGUUGUAUAAUAUGAGAUUUAAUACUACACAACACUUGCUGUUUGUAUGUACAUCAAAGUUACAAUAUUGUAAAAUCACUUAAUACUAAUUUUACUGCUGAUGUUGAAAGUCGAGGAGGAAACUUGGGGAUUACAAGGACAAAAAGUGAUUUUGUGUUAAUAUAUCCAGAUUUUUGCAUAUUUUUCUAUUGCUUUGUACAAAUGUUCUGAAAAAGCUUCCGUAUUUUAUAUUGAAUAGAAAUGUAUAUAGUUAGGUUUUAUUUUAUAUUUUUGCUUCUGACAUGUUUGAGCUGUACAUUAAGUAUUUAAGAUGACUAUACUGUGUAUAUCUAAAUAUGUAAGCAGACCAUUUAAAGGUGAAAAUUAAACAAUUCAAAAUGUU